GCCUGCCGGGCCCGGCCUUCGAGGGCUGCGAGGCUGUCGAGCCCGCCGGCCCCGCCGAGCGCAGCGGCCACGUCGCUGUCAGCGACGGGCGCCACAUGUUCGUCUGGGGCGGCUACAAGAGUAAUCAAGUCAGAGGAUUAUAUGAUUUUUAUCUGCCUAGAGAAGAACUAUGGAUCUACAACAUGGAGACUGGAAGAUGGAAGAAAGUGAGCACCGAGGGGGACGUCCCGCCGUCCAUGUCGGGCAGCUGCGCCGUGUGUGUGGAGGGCGUGCUGUACUUGUUCGGAGGACAUCAUUCUCGAGGCAACACCAACAAGUUCUACAUGCUGGACUCAAGGUGUACGGACAGAGUGUUACAGUGGGAAAGAGUUGACUGCCAAGGGAUUCCUCCGUCAUCAAAGGACAAACUGGGCGUCUGGGUGUAUAAAAACAAGUUAGUUUUUUUUGGAGGGUAUGGAUAUUUACCUGAAGAUAAAGCACUGGGAACUUUUGAAUUUGAUGAAACGUCCUUCUGGAAUUCAAGCCACCCAAGAGGAUGGAAUGAUCACGUGCACAUUUUAGACACUGAAACAUUUACAUGGAGCCAGCCUGUAACCACUGGUAAGGCACCCUCACCUCGCGCUGCUCACGCCUGUGCAACUGUUGGAGACAAAGGCUUUGUGUUUGGGGGCAGAUACCGAGAUGCUAGGAUGAAUGAUCUGCACUAUCUCAACCUGGAUACGUGGGAAUGGAAUGAGUUACUCCCACAAGGCUUGUGUCCGGUUGGCCGGUCCUGGCACUCACUCACCCCCGUUUCUUCAGAUCAUCUUUUUCUCUUUGGAGGAUUUACCACCGAAAAGCAGCCACUGAGUGAUGCCUGGAUUUAUUGCAUCAGUAAAAAUGAGUGGAUACAGUUUAAUCAUCCCUACACUGAAAAACCAAGGUUGUGGCAUACAGCGUGCGCCAGUGAGGAAGGAGAAGUGAUUGUUUUUGGUGGGUGUGCUAACAACCUCCUGGUCCACCACAGAGCUGCACACAGUAAGGAAAUACUUAUAUUUUCAGUUCAGCCAAAAUCUCUUGUACGGCUAAGCUUAGAAGCAGUCAUUUGCUUUAAAGAACUGUUAGCCAGCUCAUGGGACUGCCUCCCGAAACACUUACUGCACAGUGUCACCCAGAGGUUCGGCAGCAGCAACACCUCGGGGUCGUAAGGCUUCCCAGGCAAGGCCCUGAGCGCGCGCCCGGACGCAUCCCGUCAUCCUCACGGAUCAUGAUCAUCUGUAUACUACACUGCUGUAGUUUGCAACUAUUUGUUUUUAAUGUGCACGUGAACAGCCUAGAGAACCUAUUUUUGUGUCUAUAAAGUUUACAAUAAAUGUAUUUCACAUCAAUAACUGUCCUGUAUUAAAGCAAAGAUUAAUGG